AUGGGAUCCGCAGGCGGCGAGCGUCAGUGUCUUCUCCCGUCGUACUCUCCUGUCGUCCAUACCCGUUUUCCUGGACAAGAAUCGGCUACAUCAUGGCCGUCGACUUUCGAAGAAGGACUGGAGGCUCGGAUGGCAUCGCCCAUGUCCAUGACCUUAACACCUCGGUACGCUCUAGGGCCUUUGAGUACCAGUCCGUACAAUGAGAGACAGAGAUUUCUCCAGCAACAGCAGCAGCGAGAAGGUCUUUGGUCGCCAGCCAAUAGCAGCGAAACUGUAAUUGCUGUACAAGGCACGAGCAGCUUUAAAGAUGCUGUAUUCAAUGCUAUCAACGUGCUCUUGGGUGUUGGCGUGCUCUCGAGCCCCUUCUCACUACGGUCCAGUGGCUGGCUCAUUGGCAUGCCGCUCUUUCUCUUUUUUACGCUCGUGACGAACCACACGGCAAAAUUAUUAGGCAAGUGUCUCGACUACCAAGAAGGUAUGACGACGUACCCGGACAUUGGAGAAGCGGCGUUUGGCACAAAAGGACGCGUGAUCAUCGGUAUCACGUUCUUUGCUGAGCUUUUCACGGCUUGUGCCAUGUUUUACGUGCUCAUUGGUGACACGUUGGCAGCCUUGAUUUCGUCCGUCACGGAGAUACAGGUGACGAUCAUGGCGUUCUUGCUCAUUAUGCCGUCUAUGUGGACAACGCACAUGUCCAUGUUGUCGUAUUUCAGCAUUUUAGGCAUUUUCUCGUCGUUCUUCUGUCUCUACGCCAUUUUCCAUGUCGGUCUGACGAUUGACACUGAAGUUCCUGGAUAUGAAACAGGCAGUUUGCUCCAUCCACAGCCUGUGCAGGCAAUUGGUGAUUUGGAUCGUAUUCCGCUGGCGAUUGGACUCACUAUGGUCGCGUUCGGUGGCCACUCGGUGUUUCCGUCCAUUUGCAGCUCCAUGGCGAAUAAAGAUGACUAUCCACGAAUGCUCAACCUCUCGUACGUGAUUGUGGGACUUGUGUACGCCGCGAUUGAGCUGGCUGGCUACCUCAUGUAUGGCCUCGCUACUCAGAAAGAGAUCACGCUGAACCUGAUUGCAACGUAUCCGGGUGUACUCACACAAAUGGUGGUCUGGACGAUCGCGCUCAAUCCAAUGAGCAAAAUCGCGAUCACGCUUCAUCCAAUUGCGCUCGCGCUCGAAGAGUUUCUGCUGUCUCCGAGCCAGAAGCGUGCUGCUGCAAGGAACCAACCAGGCAAGACGCUGGUGUUUUAUCGGGCAUUUAUCCGGACAACACUUGGAAUGGGUGCGUUGUGCUGUGCGCUAUUUGUGCCCCACUUUGCCCGCGUGACGUCAUUUCUCGGUGCUUUUUUCGCGAUGCUGGUCUCGGUGUUUUUGCCGUGCAUUUGCUACCUGAAGCUCUUUGCUCACCGCUUGUCCAAGGCUGAGAUUGUGUUCCAUGCAGGACUGGCUGGACUCUCGAUCAUUUUGAUAUUUUUCGGUACCCUCGCAUCGUUCUUGUCUCCUGCAGAUUAG